AUGUUCAGAAAGAUCCACUCCAUCUUUAACUCCAGCCCGAAGAAGGCAGCGAGGGACAGCCCCUUCUACGACGGAGCCAGCCCCACGGUGACGCUGAUUCGGAGCAGCUCCAUGUACGUGGUUGGGGACCAUGGGGAGAAAUUCAGCGAGUCCCUGAAGAAAUAUAAAAGCACUGGCAGCAUGGACAGCAGCCUGUACUACCUGCCGCAGGAGGAGGACAGGGCGUGGAUGUACUCACGCACCCAGGACUGCCUGCAGUACCUGCAGGAGCUGCUGGCCUUGCGCAAGAAGUACCUCAGCAGCCUCAGUGACCUGAAACCCCACCGUGCCCAGGGCACUUCCACAGCCUCCUCCAAAUCCUCCAAGGGGGGGAAAAAGGCCCUGGUCCAGUCCGCUCCCAAAGACAUAAAGAAGGCGACGCCGAAGAAAUACUCACAGUUCAGCGCUGACGUGGCAGAGGCCAUUGCCUUCUUUGACUCCAUCAUCGCAGAGCUGGAUACAGAGAGAUGGCCUCGGGCUGCUGAGGCCGAGCCACCCAGUGAAGACGUGGACUUCGAUGUGGCCACCAGCUCCCGAGAGCACAGCUUGCACUCCAACUGGAUCCUGCGGGCGCCCCGCAGGCACUCCGAAGACAUCGCCCUGCACGCCGUGCACACCAUGGAUGGUCAGUUUCGAAGGAGCACCGAGCGCAGGACCAUCGGCACCCAGAGGAGACUCGAGCGGCACCCCAUUUACUUGCCCAAGGCCGUGGAAGGGGCAUUCAAUACCUUGAAGUUCAAGCCCAAAGCCUGCAAAAAAGACCUGGAGAGCUCCAGACAGAUCCUCUUCAACUUCUCUGCAGAAGACAUGGAAUGGGAUGCCGCUUUUGUGCUGGAGCCCCUGGAGUCUCCAGGAAAGGACUACUAUGAGACAGAGAACCCCAAAGGGCAGUGGCUGCUUCGAGAAAAACUCUGGGAACAGACAGUGCCUUGA